AUGCUUUUAUUCUGCACUACGCGAUACUGUCCCACCACUUGGGAAGAAGAGAAGGUCCUUUUCCCGGAUGUCGAGGGCCACACGCCCACCGCCUGGAGAGACAAAAAGGGGUUCCGAAAGAUUGAGCUCUGCUCACAACAGGCCAUUGAAGACGGAUACAACUACAUCUGGGUCGAUACCUGCUGCAUCGACAAGAGCAGCAGCGCCGAGCUGUCCGAAGCGAUCAACUCCAUGUUCGAAUGGUACAGCCGGUCGCAGGUGUGCUACGCCUACCUCGGCGAUGCCAUUCCAUCUUCGCCCUUCGACAAAUGCCGCUGGUUCACAAGAGGAUGGACGUUGCAGGAGCUCGUUGCCCCGAGAAAGGUCCACUUCUACAAUCAGGACUGGCAGUUCGUUGGGUCGCGGUACAGCCUGGCUGACGAGCUGGUGCGCAUCACACGCAUUGACAGGUCGCUGUUUCGGACCGGGUUCGACGACAGCCUACAGCACGUGCUCGGUUCGUACAGCAUCGCCACGCGCAUGUCAUGGGCAUCUCGCCGCAACACGACGCGGCUGGAGGAUACCGUGUACUGUCUCAUGGGACUCUUCGGCGUCAACAUGCCGCUGCUUUAUGGCGAAGGUAAGCGCGCCUUCAGACGACUGCAGGAUGAGAUCAUGCGCAAGUCCACGGACACGUCCGUUCUCGCCUGUGUCCUUCGCCCACAGGGGAACCAUCUGCUCGCCGAGUCCCCCAGUAACUUCGAAAACCUACCUGUGAUCUGGAACGCUGGGUCGAAUCGGCGGAGGGUCAGGUGGGAAGAGGACAGAGUCGAGCUGGAAAUGAUACUCUGCCCUACAAUUCAUACCGAUGGAAUUAAUUACUUUGGCCUGUUCGACUGUAUGCUCCCGGGCGAGUACGACUCCUGGCCAGCGAUACUUCUCACUCGCGACGACAGGGGACCGGAUUGGUUUACCAGGAUAUUGCCCCACCGCUUGUUCCGUGUGUCUCCUUCCAGAUCGGAUUGUGCCGAGCCGUUGGUAGCUGGCCAACUUGAUCAUGCGGAGAGAGGUCACGAGCUUUCCUUCGAACAUGCUACGCGGAAACUGAUUACCAUUUCACGAGAGCUGCAAGAAGGAAGGUGGGUGACCGACCCGGUUGCCAAGGUCGUGCUGGAUUUUGACCACCGAUGGUCGCUGCCGUACUACAUAGAUCGGUGCUAUCCAUCCAUAUCCGGCGGCAUGAUAUGCCACUCCCCUAGGUUCGUUUGGUGGAUCCAUACCAUCUCGGUCCACGGCAUCGUAGCAUUUUAUGAUGGCGCAACCAGCCGAUUCUUCGUGGCGUGGGGUGGGCUCAACAAACCAGACACGUCUCCCUGGUGCAAGAUCUGGCUUCGAGAGGAACUCCAGAUCCAAGAGAUCCCGUGGAUGUCGGACACGCUCCAGUGGGACGACUCGGGUACCACCCCGGCGAUCCAACGCGCUCGGCAUAGCAGCCAAGCCCGGCUGAUGGAGCUGCCAUCCAGCCAGCUUUCAAGAGAGAGCAAAGUGAGCGUGCAGGGCGACAGGCCGCACACGGUGGAAGCGCGCAUCUCGGAAACCACCAUUCUAGAGAGGGUCACGUACGAGAUUCUCGUCAGAACCAGAGAAGCAUAG